UCUAUCCUACCCUGUAUUGUUGUCCUUGAAUCAGUUGCUGUAGACAGACCAGCUUCUACCAUGGUAGAUACCAUUCUUGAAACAAUCAUGGCUUUCACAUUCGGGAAAGAAGUUUGCUACCCAGCCUACGAAGGCCGAGAGACGCCCAGAGUCUCCUAUGGCCUUAGAUUCCCAGAGGCCUGCUUACGUCACUGUCGCGAUACCUUCACCACAUUCAGGGUAUAUGUGAUUUGUUCCAAGUCUCUGGCAGAGUCUACAGAUGCACUUGAACAACUUCGCUCGGCCCUCGGUAGUAGGAUCAUCGGAGUUAGAAACGGCAUCAAUCCACAUACACCGAUUGCUCAAGUUCUUGAAGUCGUUAAUGAUGCUUCAAACCUCAAUAUCGACUGCCUGGUGACGCUGGGUGCAGGCAGUCUGACUGAUGCUGCCAAGUUAGUGCGGCUCGCUUUGGCCAACUCGAUUACAACUGAGGAAGAAAUGAAUACCCUGUGGGGAACACCAAAGAGUAACCCUGCGUUGCGAAACAUGAUAUCGAAGCCAACCAUUCCUCUUAUCCACAUUCCGACUUCACUUUCAGGCGGCGAGUUUCAAGCCAUCGCUGGAGGAACGGAGUCUCGUGGCCACGCCAAAAGAACGUUUCACUGCGAGGGCGUCGACCCAGAGCUCGUCAUCCAAGAUCCAGAGCUGUGCCUUACUACCCCUGAGUGGGUUUGGCUUAGUACGGGCAUCCGGGCCGUUGACCAUUGUGUCGAGACGCUCUGCUCACUUCUGUCUAAUGAGAAGGCCGAUGAAUGGUCGAAAAAGGGACUCGUCAAGCUUGUCAGUGGUCUUUUGGCAAGUAAGGCUGAUGCAACUUCUUUGAAAGCUCGGCACUUGUGCCAUCAAGGCGUUGUCUCCUCUAUGUGUGCCGUGUCAAGUGGUGUUCCACUUGGCGCGAGUCAUGCCAUCGGACAUCAGCUUGGACCACUUGGAGUUGGCCACGGUGAAACGAGCUGUAUCCUCCUACCUGCUGUAUGCAGAUUUAACUACAACAAGAAGGCGAACGUGGAGAGGCAGGACGUAGUCCGGGACUUGUUAUUGGAACAGGAGGAAGUUCAACAACUGCUACAAACGAAAGGCCUUGAGGAUACUGAAGUGAGCUUGGCCGAUAUUUUGGAGGUGUUUAUCUCUGCCCUGGGUAUGCCACGGUCACUGGAAGAAGUGGGAAUAGGGGAGGAUAAACUUGCAGUCCUUGCCCAGAAUAGCCUGGACGAUAUUUGGAUUCAAACAAAUGCGUUCCCUAUCACGGAGGCUAGUCAGGUCAUGGAGAUACUUAACAUGUGCGUUAAAAGACGGUAGAAUUUCUAUAUGAUGAUUUAAAUG